CUGCAUCUGCUGUGAGGCCAGCAUCCACGGGAGACGGCUCAGCAGGACUUUGCUUAGGCCUGAGUCUGCCACUAGGAUGGCCUGGGGGCCCCGAAAUGCCAGCUUUCCAUCCCUGCCUGUCCCCGAGGAGAGUGCCUGAGGAGACCCUGGACCAGCCAGGCCAUGUGCCCUUCCGGAGAGGUUGAAUGACUUAUGUGGAGCUUGGGCCCCCGGAGUUCCUCUGCCCUCUACACACUGCAGUGGAGCCGCCCCUGGUGCUGCAAGGAGGAGGAGGACGAGGCCGAAUGAGGAGCUGAGCUCUGUACCAGAGGCCCACGUGGAGCAGCUGGAGACAGCGAGACCCCAAGGGCUGGGGAGCGGGGAGCGUGGCCUGGUGCCGAGGAUGGCCAGGCAGCAGCUGCCGCCCUGGGCCCAAGCAGCCUUCCUCCUCCUCUUCCUCCUUAGUCUCGGCGGGGCCAUCGAGAUUCCUAUGGAUCCAAGCAUUCAGAAUGAGCUGACCCAGCCUCCGACCAUCACCAAACAGUCAGUGAAGGACCACAUCGUGGACCCCCGAGACAACAUCCUGAUCGAGUGCGAGGCGAAAGGGAACCCAGCCCCCAGCUUCCACUGGACUCGAAACAGUAGAUUCUUCAACAUCGCCAAGGACCCACGGGUGUCCAUGCGGAGGAGGUCGGGGACCCUGGUGAUUGACUUCCGCAGUGGCGGGCGGCCCGAGGAGUAUGAGGGCGAAUACCAGUGCUUCGCCCGCAACAAAUUUGGCACCGCCCUAUCCAACAGGAUCCGCCUGCAGGUGUCCAAAUCUCCCCUGUGGCCCAAAGAAAACCUGGACCCUGUUGUGGUUCAGGAAGGUGCCCCCUUGACGCUGCAGUGCAAUCCCCCUCCUGGCCUCCCGUCCCCGGUUAUCUUCUGGAUGAGCAGCUCCAUGGAGCCCAUCACCCAGGACAAGCGCGUCUCCCAGGGCCACAACGGAGACCUGUACUUCUCCAACGUGAUGCUGCAGGACAUGCAGACCGACUACAGCUGCAACGCGCGUUUCCACUUCACCCACACCAUCCAGCAGAAGAACCCCUUCACCCUCAAGGUCCUCACCAACCACCCCUAUAACGACUCGUCCUUAAGAAACCACCCUGACAUGUACAGUGCCCGAGGAGUUGCAGAAAGAACACCCAGCUUCAUGUAUCCCCAGGGUACCUCAAGUAGUCAGAUGGUGCUUCGCGGCAUGGACCUCCUGCUGGAGUGCAUCGCUUCUGGGGUCCCCACACCGGGUAUCGCGUGGUACAAGAAAGGUGGGGACCUCCCAUCUGACAAAGCCAAGUUUGAGAACUUUAACAAGGCUCUGCGUAUCACCAAUGUCUCGGAGGAGGACUCUGGGGAGUAUUUCUGCCUGGCCUCCAACAAGAUGGGCAGCAUCCGGCACACGAUCUCGGUGAGAGUGAAGGCUGCUCCCUAUUGGCUGGAUGAACCCAAGAACCUGAUCCUGGCUCCUGGAGAGGAUGGCAGACUGGUGUGCAGAGCCAAUGGGAACCCCAAGCCCACUGUCCAGUGGAUGGUGAACGGGGAGCCUUUGCAGUCGGCACCGCCCAACCCCAACCGCGAGGUGGCUGGCGACACCAUCAUCUUCCGGGACACGCAGGUCAGCAGCAGGGCCGUGUACCAAUGCAACACGUCCAACGAGCACGGCUACCUGCUGGCCAACGCCUUCGUCAGCGUGCUGGACGUCCCUCCGCGGAUGCUGUCGGCCCGGAACCAGCUCAUUCGGGUGAUCCUUUAUAACCGGACGCGGCUGGACUGUCCAUUCUUUGGGUCUCCGAUCCCCACCCUCCGAUGGUUUAAGAAUGGGCAGGGAAGCAACCUGGACGGUGGCAACUACCAUGUCUAUGAGAAUGGCAGCCUGGAGAUUAAGAUGAUCCGCAAAGAGGACCAAGGCAUCUACACCUGUGUUGCCACCAACAUCCUAGGCAAGGCUGAAAACCAAGUCCGCCUGGAGGUCAAAGACCCCACCAGGAUCUUCCGGAUGCCCGAGGACCAGGUUGCCAAGAGGGGCACCACGGUGCAGCUGGAGUGUCGCGUGAAGCACGACCCCUCGCUGAGACUCACCGUUACCUGGCUGAAGGACGACGAGCCGCUCUACAUUGGAAACAGGAUGAAGAAGGAAGACGACUCCCUGACCAUCUUUGGCGUGGCAGAGCGGGACCAGGGCAGCUACACAUGUGUGGCCAGCACCGAGCUGGACCAAGACCUGGCCAAGGCCCACCUCACCGUGCUAGAUGAUCAGGCCACUCCAACUAACCGCUUGGCUGCCCUGCCCAAAGGCCGGCCAGACCGACCCCGUGACCUGGAGCUUACCGACCUGGCUGAGCGGAGUGUGAGGCUGACGUGGAUUCCAGGAGAGGAUAACAACAGCCCCAUCACAGAAUACGUUGUACAGUUUGAAGAGGACCAAUUCCAACCAGGGGUCUGGCAUGACCAUUCCAAGUUCCCCGGCAGUGUUAACUCCGCCGUCCUCCAGCUGUCCCCGUAUGUCAACUACCAGUUCCGGGUCAUCGCCAUCAACGAGGUCGGGAGCAGCCACCCCAGCCUCCCGUCCGAGCGCUACCGAACCAGUGGAGCGCCCCCCGAGUCCAAUCCCAGCGAUGUGAAGGGAGAGGGGACCAGGAAGAACAACAUGGAGAUCACGUGGACGCCCAUGAAUGCCACUUCCGCCUUUGGCCCCAACCUUCGCUACAUCGUCAAGUGGAGGCGGAGAGAGGCUCGAGAGACCUGGAACAACGUGACGGUGUGGGGCUCUCGCUAUGUGGUGGGGCAGACCCCUGUCUAUGUGCCCUAUGAGAUCCGGGUCCAGGCCGAGAACGACUUUGGGAAGGGCCCGGAGCCCAACACUGUCAUUGGCUACUCGGGAGAAGAUUAUCCCCGGGCUGCUCCCACUGACGUUAAGGUCCGGGUCAUGAACAGCACAGCCAUCGGCCUGCAGUGGAACCGAGUCUACUCCGACACGGUCCAGGGCCAGCUCCGGGAGUACCGAGCCUACUACUGGAGGGAGAGCAGCUUGCUGAAGAGCCUGUGGGUGUCUCAGAAGAGACAGCAAGCCAGCUUCCCCAGUGACCGCACCCGGGGCGUGGUGGGCCACCUCUUCCCCUACAGUAACUACAGGCUGGAGAUGGUUGUGGUCAAUGGCAGAGGCGACGGGCCCCGCAGUGAGACCAAGGAGUUCACCACCCCGGAAGGAGUACCCAGUGCCCCUAGGCGUUUCCGAGUCCGGCAGCCCACCCUGGAGACAGUCACCCUGGAGUGGGAUCACCCAGAGCACCCCAACGGGAUCCUGACUGGAUACACCCUCAAAUACGUGCCCUUUAAUGGAACCAAGUUGGGAAAGCAGAUAGUGGAGAACUUCUCUCCCAACCAGACCAAGUUCUUGGUGCAGAGAUCCGACCCCGUGUCGCGCUACCGCUUUACCCUCAGUGCCAGGACACAGGUGGGCUCGGGGGAAGCAGUCACGGAGGAGUCUCCAGCGCCCCCCAACGAAGCUACUCCAACUGCAGCUCCUCCCACAUUGCCCCCGACUACCGAGGGCGAGGGUGCCGGAGGCGCUGUGAGCAGUACUGAUGCUGCCGCCGCCACCGAAGCCACCGCAGUCCCCAUCAUCCCAACUGUCGCCACCGCCACCGCCGCCGCCGCCACAACUGCUACAACCGCCGCCUCCGCCACGGAGAGUCCUCCCCGCAGCACGACCAGGCGUAAGGCACAGGAAUCCGCCCCCGAUGAGCCCUUCAUAUGGAACGUCACGGUAUUCCCCAACAGUAAAUGGGCCAACAUCACGUGGAAGCACAACUUCGGGCCCGGAACCGACUUUGUGGUUGAGUACAUUGACAGCAACAAUACAAAAAAAACUGUCCCUGUUAAGGCUCAGGCCCAGCCUAUACAGCUGACAGACCUCUAUCCCGGGAUGACAUACACGUUGCGGAUUUAUCCCCGGGACAACGAGGGCAUCAGCAGUACCGUCAUCACCUUUAUGACCAGUACAGCGUACACCAAUAACCAGGCGGACAUCGCCACCCAGGGCUGGUUCAUCGGGCUCAUGUGCGCCAUUGCCCUCCUGGUGCUGAUCCUGCUCAUCGUCUGCUUCAUCAAGAGGAGUCGAGGCGGCAAGUACCCAGUUCGAGAAAAGAAGGAUGUUCCCCUGGGCCCGGAAGACCCCAAGGAAGAGAACGGCUCCUUUGACUAUAGCGACGAGGACAACAAGCCCCUGCAGGGCAGCCAGACGUCUCUGGACGGCACCAUCAAGCAGCAGGAGAGUGACGACAGCCUGGUGGACUACGGCGAAGGCGGGGAGGGCCAGUUCAACGAGGACGGCUCCUUCAUCGGCCAGUACACGGUGAAAAAGGACAAGGAGGAGACGGAGGGCAACGAGAGCUCAGAGGCCACAUCACCCGUCAAUGCCAUCUACUCUCUGGCCUAACGGAGCCCACCAGGCACGGCCGCUACUCUGCAAGUGGGAGGAGGGGAGAGGGGAGCCGAAGCUACCGCAGACCGACAGCAAAGCCGCAGCCGCCUUCAGGGACAAGGGUGCCAUAUGGGGCCUGCCACGCUGUGAGGGCCAAUGCCCACCCAGCCCCACAAUGCCCUCCCCAUGUGCCCCGCCCCGCUGUGUGCCGCUGGUGCAGCAGAGCUGGAGCCCUGGCAGCACUCACUGCAGGGAAGCCCGCCCCUGCCACGCCCACCACACUGCCCGCCUUCCCCGGGCACGCGCGCUCGCCGUUCUCUUGGUUACACUACUUUCCCCCGUCUCCAUGUUUUUUCUUUGUGCAUCUUUCCCUCCAGACCCAAUGUCUCCAUUCACUUUCUUUCUGUUUUUUAAGAAGUGUCCCUGGAAAAGAAAGAAUAGGUGGCUCCUCCCCCAGGAAACCACAGUGACAGACACAGAGGAAUGACCCGAAACAGGACAGAGAGAAAAGCCGUAGUAUUCACACUGCCACCGGGCCCACGUGUUUCUGAAGGAUGCCUUUCUCGCCAUACGCCUGUCCUUGCUCCCAGUCCAUCUGCCUCGGCCUGGCCGGCUGCUGAGCUGGGCUUGGCCUCUUUCUGGAAAGCGACAGUAUUUGGGGCAGGGAGAGGAAGGGCAGGCCUCCUUGCCUCUCUCUGGUUCAGGUGGCCAGUUUGCCUCCUGCUCCUCACUCUUAACCUUCCCCUGCCCGUGGAGUGGCCAAGAACGAGCUGCACUGACUCUGAGGGCCACGGUCGGGGAACAGAGUAGUCCUGAUGGCCAGGACCUCAGCUGCAGUGACUGGGCCGCAAGCAGAGAAAGUCAGGGCCUGGCCCCUCGGGAGCUUCACACCUCUGGAGAGAAGCCAGGGGCUGGCUUUGGACGACAGUGAAGCCCAGGCUGCAGGAGAGAGGACCACACCUGCUGUGUAGGAGCAGGGGCACCUGCCCCGCCCCCGGGUCUCCGCUGCUACCCUCAAGGAGAGAGCCCUGUGUGCAGAAGCCUUGCUGGUGUGUUUGGGGGUGUGAAGCACUGCUCCCCUUCCAUCUCUAGCAGUUAUCCCCCCUCUGUCAGUUCUCUGUGACACUGAGACUUGCGCUUGACUUGUGUGUAGACGGGGACUGCUGCCCUGUCUGUCCUUUUUUAGGGUAUGUACCCAUCGGAGGACCUGGAGGUGACACCGUACUAACAGCGCUGUGAUGCCCCAGCCUGGGGAGGACUUGAUGCUCUUCAUAUGCCUUAUGCAGCUCUGAUCUGUCCCUGGAGUUCCCAGGUCUUGGCCCAUCCCUGCAAGCCUUGGAGCCUCUGGUGAUGUCUGUCUCUGUCUCGGGAUCGGGAACGGGAUCGGGAUCGGGAUCGGGAUCGGGAUCAGGAUCAGGCAGCCUAUGCAAGUGUCCCUGCAAGACCGGAAGCAGCCAUUCCACACUCACCCUCACCCUGUUCCCCAGAUGGAGACACUUGCAGACCUGCAGUUCUCAGCCCGAAGGUGCUGCCUUCAUCCUGCCCACCUAAUCCAUUUCUGAACCAAAGGUACCUUAGCCUCAGCAAUGCGGAGAGGGGGGGGAGCUUGAGCCUGAGCAUGCCCUGCAGCUGCUCCCGUGGCUGGAGUCAGGGUCGGGAGGGUUGGGUUGAUCCCCAGGUGUGGAUCACCUGCCACUGAUUUGAGCCUCCAGCUACAGCUGGGGGCCUGGGCAGGACCAGGGCUGUGUCCUUCAGAGACUUUAUUAAAGCCUCAUUUGCCACAUGUUUAAGCCGCAGAGGUAUUAACAGUGCUUGUGUCACUUAAUAAUCAUUGGGUUGAAGGUCAAGCCCAUAGGCACAGCUCUGUCUGCAGGUAAGAAACCAUAGCCCAAGGCUGAGCCAGUAAUGUUGCUUGAACCUGAGGAUGUAUGAUGGUCCCUCUGCCCAGGUUCUGCGCCCAGCUGUGCUGCCGGGAGCCGGAAAGGCAGCUCUCGUGAUGAAAGGGAACAGGGUAAAGAGGAGAGAGCUGGGGAGUGAGCUCAGGGUCCCCUCCCCCAGCUCACCUGCAGGGACGCAGGUGUGCAUUCCUGCAGCAGGGGCCCACUGUCCCUGAAGGUUGUGUCAGGGAAGUGUGCCUGUGAGCUGAAUUAAAGGACCGGCCUUUCCAGAAAACACUGUGGACCUGAGCACAGUGGACAGUAUCUCAGGCACCCAUUCCGUACUGCAUUGUCUGUGCUAGUGAGCCUGUGGCACCAAGAGCAAGCUCUCAGGGGAGGAAGGGACGUUAGUGUCACCACAUCUAUCCCCUGUCUCUGGAAAGUCUGCCACACAGAAUAGUAACUAGAAAGGGCUCCGUCUUAAGGGUCUUGGGGAGAGAUGAGUCCUUGGGUUAUCUUUGCACCCCAUUCCAGAGUCCUGCCAUGAGCUGUACCAGCCUCUCGGGGUGUUGUUUUGUGUGUGCUGACAGCUGCACCCCUGCCUCCAUCACGAUCACAGUCCUCCAGGCAGGACCAAAUCUGGGGCUGAAGAACCAAGAUUUCCCGAAGCAAAGAUGGCAGAUUCUUAGAUCUGAUCCUGAGGUGUGAGUUUGCAGGACUGGGGAGGAGAGGAGGCACUUUCCGAGUCCGCCCCAGCUCAGCAGGACAGCAGUAUUGCCCAGCACUCUGUGCCAGCUGAGUCUCAAGCAAACACCCCAAAAUGUUCCCAAUAACAAUGCCAGGAGUGCCCAGUGCCGUUGGUGCUUCGGCCUGUCUGGCUGGGGUAGGGGAAAAGGUGUAGGUCACCUUGCAGUGGCUCUAGGCUGCCGUCCUACCUGUGUGCUCAGCCCUAAGUGUGGUGGCUGCCUGUGCUCUCAUCUGUCCAUCCAUCAGAUGCUCUGUGAACAUCUAGCCUGGGCCAAGGCCGGUUCCCUGAAUGCCUUGAUGAGCAAGGUCCAAUGGGGUCCCUGCCCAUGCAGGGCUGACGUUACUGGCACUAAAUCUUGGGACACAGUGGCCAUUGAGUCGGGAGUUUUCUGCCCUCUGUUGUUUGAGCUACUGAUGACUCCAGGUUGGAAGGAAGAGGCUUCCCAGGAAGAGCUUGGUCCAUCUGCUCAGCACCACUGGGUAGGACUGGGAGGUCAGGACUUGCUGGAUGGAUUGAGGGACAGUCCUGCUCCUUGAGCCUCUUUUCUCUGUCCCUUGGGGCAAGCUGCUUAAUCUCUCUGUGUUCUGGUGCCCGUUCAGCCCCUCCUUUGAAUUCUUUCCUGCACAGAGGGCAUGGGCCACCCCAAGGAGCAGAGAAGCCAGGUCGGAGCCAGCUGAGCCCCCUUUGCCUGAGUUAUGGUGAACAGGACCCCUCCUUCCUUUCCUUGCUUUUGCAGAGAUGGCUGACUUUAAGCUAAAGGGAGAGCCAGGCCAACCCUCUCCCUUGUCCAUCUCCUCUGCCCUGAGCAGUUGGAGACAUCUGGUCCACCCCCUUGUGACAAGUCUUGAGGUUUGGGAAAGUGACCACACAGCCAAGAGUUGUGCAGUGCCUCCCCACAGAGGUACCUCAGCAGCGUGGCCCCAGGGAGUGCAUUCCAGUGUCCCUGACCACAGUCAACUUUGGAAGGGAUGGAGACCAACCCACAGGUGUGUGUGGGUUUCCAGCUAAGGAACAGGCUCCCCUGCCACACCAAACACCCACGCGUGCACAUGCACAUGCAAUGGGCCACUGCUCAAUUGCAGAGCUGCACUUGCAGCAGGAGACAGUCCAGACCCAGACAGCAUCUUGCAAAGGGUGAGUCCUCUUUGGGCUCUAGAGAUGUGAUACAAAGUGCUGUGUGUGAGUGUGAUGCACAGCUCGGGGAAGAGGAGGCCACCUGGACUGGGGCCUGUUGGGGUGGUUCCUGUGACAGAACCUGGGGGGAGAGAGUGAUCUGAAGGAGCAGGAAAUGCUCCCCAAGAGUGACACAGGCUGCACCCCUUUGUGGUUCCUCCUGGAAUCUUGUACUGAGCCAGGCCGAGUCUUAGAACGUCUCCAACUUUGAGGUGAUGAAAGCAGCAGGGACAUUUUUGUCUCAGCCUUUGUGAGGCUGCUUUGCAAAGAAGUGAAAUUUCUCCAGCCUUAUUUGGGCUGGGGCUCGGAGAACAGUAGGUUCCCAGGGUGCCAGUUCCCAUAACCCACUCUCCACCUGUGACACCUUGCAGUGAGCACCAGUUUAACCAGCCUCUGCCAAACACAACCCCACAGCUGCGGUGAGCUCCACCCAGCUCGGCGCACAGGGUGGUUUUGUUCUAGUGAAGCCUAGGACCCUGUAUGAGCUUUCCACGAUGGCUUAGGAGCAGCAUGUAAGAGGUCCCUGACUCAGAAAAGAAAAAGAAAUAGGACUUGAGCCAGUGAAGCAAAGAGCUUGAAGUGGCAGGAGGAGACUCCGUGUCCCGGGAGGCACAGGCCAAUCUGGCAGAGCCAAACUCCUGGGCAGCCCCUUCCCUUAAACUAGACAGGAGCCCCCUGUGUGAGUUGGAACAGGCUUGUGGUUGUCCCCACCCUGCACAACCCAGGGAAGUAAGUGCCCUUUCUUUUCCUACCCUUCUAAGAAGGGGCUUCCCUGCGAUGCCCUCAGGGAAGGACCACAGGGGACGGAGGGAACCACCCAGGGAAGCUGUGCCACUCACUGGACAGUGUCCCCAACCACACCCAGAGCCAGUGCUCCUCUUAUCCAUCCAUUAGUAUUAAGUGGAUGUUCCACGAUGAUUAAGAUGGAAAUGAAACAGAUACAAGGCUGUGUAGCCUAGGACAGUUUCAGAUUUCAGCUUGUGAGGGAAUCUCAGAGCUGAUCUAAUUGAAGUGACUCAUUGUGCAGACAAGGAAAUGAAAAUUCAGGGAGCUAAAGAGACAGGCUCAAAAGGGCAAAGCUGGUAAGUCAAGGCAGGACCAGGGCUUGACCUUGGGCCUUCUGAUUCCUUGUCCAGUGUUGUUCAUCUCGCCACAGCUGCCUCCUGGGAAACAGGUAUUAAGAUCUGUCCCUUGGGCCACCCUGUCAAAUCUCUCUACCAUUUCUCCCACAUCCCCACAGCUCCCAAAUGAAAGGCAGAACCCAGCUGUGCAGUUAUGGGCAGCUCCCAGGCCAGAGCCUAGAAUGACAAGCUGAUUGGUGCUGGUGACUGUGAACCCUAGACUGUCCUCCUGGAAUGAUACCUCUUGCUUUGUCUCACAUCAGGCUCUGAGCACACUGUAUUCCUCGGAAGUGGGGUUGGGGCGGGGGUUUCCUGUCCAUUCUGCCCUUGGCCACAGGGCACUGAGGGGCACCAGGGCUCUGGCAAGCCUGCCACCCUGGCAUUUGCUGGGCUGGAAUUCAACAGACGUAAAGACUACAGUGAAGCAAUAAACACAAAAGUCUGGGAGAAGAGAUCCAGAAUUUUGUGCACUACUUUCUUUUUCAAAUAUAAUGCAGUUCAAACGACACUGAUCUGCUCUUUUUCUGAUUCCCAAAUGCAAUGUCCUCAGUCAGUGUUGUCCCUCUGCCCGUCUCUCAGCUCCUUCCCACUUCUUGCCCCUCUCAAGCUGAGCAUCAGUCGCCUGUGACACGGCCACCUGCUGUCCUGGUCCCACCCCCAACCGUGCUGGACCCUGGAGGACCUCUUGCUCUGUCCCCACCAUCCCACUAUGUUCUUUUCAGUGGGGAAAUUUUUUCCCUGUUUCCAUCCUUGCCCACAUUUCCACCCGCCCACAAAUUGGCCUGAUCUUUUUUUCUGUUGGUUAAACUUUUAACUGUCAUGGUACAACUUGUUUUAACCCCUCUCACGUCACGCUCUUUCCUUUUUGCGAGUGACCUUGAAUUAACCCGCUUUGUUGGCGACAGAUGCGUUAUCUGAGGGUGUCACGCAUGACCUUCAGCAGGGAAGACUUCUGGGCCAUGAAGGACCGUCUAAUACAUGGACUUAUAAACUGACUGCAUGAACAAUGAAAAGGCCAAAUUAUUCAGAAUUUUUUUUUUGAAUCACUGUAAAAAAACUGAUUUCUUUUGUAUAGAAAACACUAAACGUAUAAUAAAAGUUGUUCAAAAUGGA